AUGGUCAACAUGGCUGACACGAGGCUUCGGCCGCCAGAGUUCAGCUCCGAAGGUAACAUGGCGACGCGGCUUUCCCUCAGGUUUGUACCCAUCGCUACGCGCGGCGUCACCGACGAAGGAAGGGCCUCGCCUCACACCUCACCCGGGACGAGGAGCAGCACCCAAACCCCGCCGAGGCUGAAGCCAUUCCACAGACUGCAAGUAAUAUUACAACAUUUGAAGAUGCAUAAGCAAACAGAUUCGACAGCUGAAGUGUUGUUGGAAAAGAGAGGAGGUGCAGGAAUAAUAACUUUGAAUAGACCCAAGACUCUCAAUGCACUAAAUUUUUCUAUGAUCCAACAAAUUUAUCCACAAAUAAAGGCUUGGGAGCAGGAUCCUGAAACUUUUCUAAUAAUUAUUAAGGGAACUGGAGAAAAAGCUUUCUGUGCUGGGGGUGACAUCAGAGUCAUCAGAGAUGCAGUAAAAGCUGGAGACAGACUGGUACAAGAUUUCUUCAGAGGAGAAUAUACCCUGAACAAUGCCAUUGGCACUUGCAAGAAGCCGUAUGUGGCACUUCUUGAUGGCAUUACAAUGGGAGGGGGAGUUGGCCUCUCAGUCCAUGGACAUUUCCGAGUUGCUACAGAAAGGACACUUUUCGCAAUGCCAGAGACAGCAAUAGGCCAUUUUCCUGAUGUAGGUGGAGGAUAUUUCUUGCCAAGACUAUCAGGAAAGAUUGGCUAUUACCUUGGGCUAACAGGAUUCAGGCUGAAAGGAAGAGAUGUACUAAAAGCUGGCAUCGCUACACAUUUUAUAGAAUCCGAGAAGCUGCCUGCCUUAGAGAAAGACCUGAUAGCACUGAAAUCUCCUUCAACAGAAAACAUUGCAGACUUACUGAACUCUUACCAUCUGAAGAGCAAAGUUGAUCUCGAAAAGGAGUUUGUACUUGAUGAACAUAUGGAGAAGAUUAACAGUAUUUUUUCAGCAAAUAGUAUGGAAGAAAUUGUUGAAAAAUUAAAGCAAGAUGGUUCUCCUUUUGCCAUUAAGCAACUAGAGACUAUUAAGAAGAUGUCACCUACAUCCUUAAAGAUAGCUCUCAGACAGCUCAGAGAAGGAGCUUCCAUGAGCUUACAAGAAGUACUCACGAUGGAAUACAGACUGAGCCAAGCAUGCAUGAGAGGCCAUGACUUCUAUGAAGGGGUUCGAGCAGUGCUGAUUGACAGAGACCAAGCCCCCAAAUGGAAGCCAGCUGCUCUAGAAGAUGUCAGCGAUGAAUUUGUGGAUGAUUGUUUCAAGCCAUUGGGAGACAAUGAUCUCAAGUUGUAA